AGCAAGAGCAGCAUCUGAUUUUUCUCUCAUUCUUUGUAUUUGGAGGUACGACUCAUCUCCAGUCAUGUAUGCCGUCGUGUUUCUUACAAUUAUUUCGCAUGGAUUAUUUCUGAUAUCCGCCGAGAAGGAUGCGUGUUACUUAUACGGAGCAGUUGGACAAACGAUGGAAUUUCCGUUUGUCUACAACCAGCUGGCCAACACAGACAUACUGAGCUGGACUCACAACGGCACCAUUGUUUUUAUCCGGGAGCAAGCGAAAGUAUUGGUCGGAAAGCCUGAAGAUGUUUCUAAGACUGGCUCUCUUCUGCUGAAGAACCUGAAGCUCUCCAGUAGUGGCUUAUACCAGGCCACUGUGCGCCACCCGAAUCGUACCUUGGUGGCGGCGUGGACCGGACGCCUCUGCACGAUAGACAAGGUGUCACAACCGCGGAUUGGUUACAUCUGCGACGCUAAGACGGGGUUUGUCAAUCUAAGCUGCCAUGUGGACAAUCCCCACGAUUUAACCUUCUCGUGGACCAUUGACGAAAUCAAUUUAUCCAGUGCGACCAAGCAGACUUUGAAUGUAUCACUGGACAAAAAGAAGAAUUUCGUAUGUAAGGCGAAGAACAGAUUUGGCAUGGAGAAGACUGACACCAUUCGUCCAGUCUGUAAAAAUUUACCACCGACUUCACCAGCACCCGUUCUGCUUUGUUUUACAUCAAUAACAAUUAUAGCAGCACUAGCGGGAGGAGUGGCUCUGUUUCUUCUUCUGCUCGUUGUCAUUGCCAUGAUGUGUCACCGCCUCGGACGUAGCAAAACUGACAUGCGUGUCUCAGACAAAGGAGAUUUUAGGAUGGUUUCUAUACGACAGCAGAUACCUGAGCUCAAUGGCCCAGAUUACGAGACCAUGAACCCCGCGGACUUUCCCAUGGCUUCAGUUCCAGAGCCUUUACCCAGAAUUGGUCAUACGAGCGCUUCUACGCCUAGUGAAAGACUUCCACAGAUGGUCCAAGCUGCUGCCAGAGACCCCUCACCAGUGCCAAAACCCAGAACCAAGAACCCACAGACACCACAGUCGUGAACUUCAUCAAAGUUGGCACAUUGAUUUUGUUUCACCCUGUUAUCUAUCAAGGGGAAGUGUUAGAAAUUGGUUUGUUGUGCAGUAAAUGUCCCCACGCUAUAUCUAUACAUGAAUUUCAGUCCUCAUUCAUUAUAAAUGUACACAUGCAAGUUGAUGUUUUAUGAUGUCUGGCAGGAAAUAACAUCCCCGAAAAAGACAUUUAGGAAAAUGUGUGGUUUAUAUUAACAUCCAUCCUAAACAAAUUAUAGCCAUAUGUGUGUAUAAUUUGAUGUUUGAGCUAUGAUGUCCUCAAUGGGAAAAAAAAUAUUGACAAAUGUAUGAUAAUUGUAUUCAUACUUGUGUGUCGAGUAGCCUAUAAUCAGUGUUAUCACUAACGUGGUACUUUCUGUAAUCUGAUUACUUUCUUUCAGUAACGGGCAAUCUAAUGCGUUCAUUUUUCCAAACCAGUAAUCUGAUUAAAGUUAGUUUCCUUAGUGUCUGUGCGUUACUAUCUUGUGAUUGCUUCAUAAUGUAUAUAGAAUGAAUAAUACUCUAGUCAUGUUCGAAGAGUGUUUCAAAUAGAAAAUGUUGCUUUUGAGUAUGGGAAUGACAUCACAUGUCACGUUUUCUCAGCGGACGACUAAAAAAAAAAAAAAAAGGGUCGCGUGUAUUACCACGCCGUGUGAGUGCUGAAACAUGCUGAUGACCCUGAAACAAAAGUCAAA